UGCAUGGCAACUGCAAUAAAGACAAGUUAGCAAAAAUUCUCUGUCUGCUCUGUCGUGGCUGCCUCUCCACCCUGCUACACACACGCACCAAAAUAUAUUUGUGCGCUGCUGCUGACGAAUAGAUACAUAAACAUGUUACUCAGGGCAGAGGCAGCCAGAAAGCAGACUCACUCGCAGCCGCACGACAACGGCAGACGACGACGACGACGAACGAGAAAGCAAAUAAGACUUUAGUUUUGUGCUGUGCUGUGCUCUGUGCUCCGUUCCGUGUGCUGUGUUUGCUAAAAGCAUUGCCCUACACACUCCAAAGGGGUCCGCCGCCGACGAAGACGACAACGACGGGGGAAAAAGCUAGUUUUUUUGUUGUACAAAAGGGGACGAACGUGGCGCGACUUGUUUAAAAUCGAUAGCGAUACAUGUGACCGAAAAGGUAUCGUAUUGGAUAUGAGGAUCAGCUAAUCUGCGCCUGAAGGUAUGCAACCGCAGUCGGAUAAGCAAACCGCUAGCAGACUCGCACCAACAACACCAACCACAGCAGCAGCAGCAGCAACAGCAACAGGCACUACUGAGCGGCCCAAAGUAAAGGUCAUCAAGAGCAAGCGUCCACUCUGCCAUUUCAAGUUUUACUUGGACAUUUGCGACCAUCAGCUAGCGAAGCGCAUCGAGGCGGACAUCAAGGCACUCGGCGGCAAUCUUGAGUUUUUUCUCAGUGACAGCAUCACACAUUUUGUCACCGAUAAGCCAGAGGCGAGUCUUCCGGGCACCCCCCAACCACCAAAAACACCUGCCACACCAGCCACACCCGGGACACCGGGCACAGGAGGGAACAGCCAUCUCUGCCAGGAUGAUGGCCAGCAUCAAAGGAAAAGCAAUAGGCAAUCCCGUGCCGAUGCCAUUUUGAGUCGUGUGCGGCGACAACCCAGCACCACCGGUAGCACAGCGGUUGGGGUGGGUACUGCCAACACACCAACAUCCACAUCCACUGCCUGCGGCACAAGCAGAUCCUACACCAUCUGGCAGACGGAUCACGCCCAACGUUUCUUCAGGCGCAUCCAAACCGAGCUGCGCCAGUACCUGGAGGGCAACGGAAACAGCAACAGCAGCAACAAGAAGGAGGGAUCAGCAGGAGCAGGAGGAGGCGGAGGAGCAUCCAAUGUUAAUACCCAUCAGAUACAGCUCAAGAAGCAGUAUGUAAAGAUCGAAUCGGUGAAGCGUAACUAUAGGCCCUACUACCAUUUGAUAAAGCAGCCCGACGAUUGGCCAAAAAUUGAUUUAAGCAGCGACGACGGUGCCUUCCGUUUGCUAACAAAAGUCAAAUCGAAAGAGCAACAACAACAGAGUAUGACGCGCAAGUCGCUCGGCUCGCGUACAUCCCAGAGAGAUAAGCCAAAGGAGGAGCAACAACAACAACAGACAGUCCAGCAUCCGGCGCUGAAGCAGCUCAAAAAGCAGGCAGCGGCCAUACCCAACAGUCCGCGUUCCCAUUGCCGUGGCGAGCCCAAGGAGUCCAGCGAAAAGCAGGGUGGCGUUUGUGAGAUCUGCAAGCUAGAGUACGACAUUCUGGACAUUCAUCUGAAGAGCAAGGAUCACGAGUUGUUUGCCAAAAACUCGGACAACUUUCUGGCCCUGGACACGCUCAUACAGUCGUCGGCGAAUGUGAAUCGGUUUCUGGAGCAGGAGCCAGACGAAGAGAGCGAAAUCGAUAUGGAUGUGGAUGAGCAGCAACAGCUAUUGAGUGCUUCCACGGCGAACGAAGAUGCUGAACCGCAACGCCAGCCAAAGCAGCCCCAGCCCAGUCCCAACAGCAGCAGGCAACGUCCCUCGCCGGCGCUAAGAGAGAAGUCCAAGCGCAUAACCAAGGGCAAGCAUUCAUCGGAAAAGUUCCAGGCGACACCUCCAGGCGGCGGCUCCCCGAUGACACCAUCUCCGUCGGCCAAGAAAAGCGGCGGCGGCAACACCUCGCAGGGCAGUCUCACAGAGCUGCAGCGUCAGGAGCAGCCCAACAUGGCAGCGGCCACGCCGACAACGCACAACACAACGCGACGGAAAACGCAACAGAAUUCUGGUCUAUCGCCACCCAUCAGAGCCAUGCUGCCACCCUCCUCGCUCUACAAGGUCGUAGAGACGCGAGAUGAGUGCGGCGCCACACCACCAAGACGCAGCGGCAUCGCCGGACGACAAGCGAGCAAUGUGGACUCGCCCUCGCUGAUUGUCAAGUUCCAGAAGGUGCGACAGUCGGAGCUGCAACGCCUCAAUGGAGAGGCCGAGAAUUUUAUGUUCCCCCGCACAGCAUCAACGACAACGACGACAAGGAGCAGCAGCGAACUGCUGACGGAUGUGGAUCGCCAGACCACAUCAGAUGUGAGGGGCAGGCACAGUAUAUCCUCGGCCAGCCUAGACACAAGCACCAGCGAGGCUGAGACCCAGCAGCAGCAGCCACAGUCACAGCCACAGCCAGCAGAAAGCAAUGUGCUGCGGAAACGUGCCCAGGCCGUGGGCAGGCGAAGGAGACCAGCCGCGGCAGCCGAGCAGCAGCAGCUACUGCUGCAACGUCAGCUAUCCACGGGGAGCAGCAGUAGCAACAGUCAGCAGCGCUUUCCGAGCGCCCCCAUCCAGCCAGACGACGACGAACCAACGCCGGCGACGGAGCCAGAGCUAAAGGUAAAACUGAAGCAACCGCCGGCCACCAGGAAGAGCAGUCGCACUGCCACCGCCAUUGUAACGGCGGCAACGACCAGCAGCCAGCAACAGCAGCUGCAGUUGCGCCAGACGAGAGGCGCAGGCGGAGUCAAACUGGAGGAUAGGAUGGGGGAAGCAACAAAAGCAAAGAUCAAAAUCAAACUAGAACCAAUCGAACCCGAACAAGACGUCGAGGAAGAGGACCUUGAUCUCGAUGAUGAGGAGGAGGAGGAGGAAGAAUUCUCUUGCUCUUCGGGCAGUGAUGAAGACUAUGUGGCAGACCGAAGACGACGCCGUCAGCUGGAGCCCCAAACAGCAGCAGCAGCAGCUGUGGCGGUGGCAGCUACAGCGACGCCACCCACCCGUUCCGAUACCCGAGAGCAGCGUGCGGAACGACGACGCUCGCGAUUGACCAUUAAUCGCAGUGCCGGAGAGAUGGAGCUGCUCCAGACGGAGAUCAAAGAGAAGAAGCCACGCGGAAAGAGCCAGAAGCCACCGACAACACCAAAGUCCAAAGGGAAGCAGAAGAAGGGUCCGAAGGGUGGGCAGCAGCCGUCGGCCAUGGAUAUGUUUUUCGAUUGCAGCAAGAGCGAGCUGCUGCGAAAGAUGCAAUACACAUUCGAGUCCCUGCCGAAUGGCGAGCUGUGGAAUCGUGUGUUCAUGCGGCAGGACGCGGGCGAGGAGAAUUACUACACGUACUACGGUUCCACGCGGUAUCGCAAGCUGCCCUACGAGAUGGGACCUAUACCCAUGGCUAGGACGCUGCCGGCACACAGUUGCGCCCUGUGUCGGGCGGAGCAGGCACAGAAGCAGGGGCAGGAGCCACAUCCCCAGAAGAUUGAGAGUUCAGUCAAAAAGGAAGAGGAGAUGGAGGCGCAACCGGGAACGGCCUCAUCCUCGUCAUCAUCAUCCAUGUACAAGCACAAGAAGAUGCAUCUGCUGCAGCGAUACCAGCAGGAGCAGCAGCAGCAGCAGCAGCUGCAGCAACAGCAGCAUGAGACACAACUAAGCACUGCCAUAGCCAUAGCCAAAUGUGAUAGCAAGGCCAGCACUCCGGAGCUUCUCGAGCGUGAAUUUGCCACCGAUCGUGUCCAGCUGAUUGAGCGCGUGAGGAGCACGUCCAGCUCCAGCUCGGGCAUGACGUGUCGUAACAAGCAGCUGGCACGAUUGGCCGAACUGCCGCCAAGAAAGUCGCCCCGUGAGCAUGCCUCCACCCUGGCUCUGGUCAGCUGCAUCAUACGUCAGCGUCAGGAUUCGCAGAGUAAAACCAAUUCGGAGGCAGAGCCGGAACCACCACCCCCCGUUAUAGUUGCUCCCAAACUGAAGACGCCCCUGAAGCAGGAGCCCGCACCACCCGCCUCGCCGAGAAACACACGCUCCCAGGCAGCCACCCCUGUGGAGGAGCUGCGUUUCGCCACCGAAAUCAGUGAGACUGUCAAACGGAUGCGUCGUGGACAAAACAAAUACGAUCAUUCCCCACCUGCUCCGGCACCAGUUGCUGCUCCAGUUCCAGUUCCGCCCGAACCGCCCGCAGCCGCAGCAACUGAAUCGCCUGGCAGAAGUCGUCGCCUGCCGCCAGUGGCCAAUGCCAGUCUCAGCCACAGCUAUGCCCGCCGCUUGCAGUUCUCCGCGCGACGUGAAGCGUGCUCCGCCAGCGUGCUGCUGGGCAAGCGCAAAAGGAAAAACCAUCCAGCCGUGCGUCCAGCACCGCAGCAGCCGCCUGGAAUGAUGCGCGGUGUGCGCAAGCUGCCCAGCAAGAAGGGUCUGCUCGAGUACGAGAUGGAGCCGUGUGCCUUCAAGGCUCUGGACAAGGCCAUUCAGCAUGAAAAUGCUGGUCUGGCUGCCUGGCAGCUGGACAGGUAUCUGGAGUUGGCUGGAAAAGAGUUCGACCUGGAAAUAGAGGACACGCAGGAGGACUCGCAGGAAGAAUUACCGCCGCCAGCAGCAGAGCGCAUGCAGCAGCAGACGCCACCACCAACAGAUUUCUACUUCACGAGCGAAUUCGAUCUUUGCGACCUGCUGACGGGUAGCGCUGCCAGCGGCGAUGAUGAGGAGGAUGCGGGCCGAGGAUCAGCAGCAGGCAACCAGCUGUCGGGCACCAGUCGACGCUUGGGAAGCACGGCCAACCUAUAUACCACUUACUAUCGCAAGCGGAAGAGCCUCAAGUCGAAGACGAAUCGAACGGGUUGGCCCAAGACGCAGCACAGGAGGCGCGGGGGCGGUGCUAAUGGCGGUGGUGGUUGGGGUGCUCGAUCCAUGCCCGAUGAGAGGAUUAACUUCAAGAAGAUGGGCCUGGGGGAGAUGUCACCCAUCAAGCAGGAGCCCAUGGAAACGGAGGAGGAGCAGACUACAACCACCACCACCACAACAACAGCCACCAUGGCGGAGAAGCUGCUAAGCAAAGAGGAUGAAGAUGAUGACGAGGAUGGGGAAGGGAAUGGGGGUGCUGCUGCCCGUGAAGAGGCUGUCAUGACACCACCAGCCACAGAUGUCGACGAGCAGGGAGGAGAACGCCAGGCCGAAGCGGAUGCCGAUGAGAAUGAGAGUCUGCCCGAUGACGAUGAGACAAUGGCGGAUUCGGUGGAUGAACAGCAGGACGAUGAGGCGGAAAUAGAGGCCACCGAUGCGGACAUUGAAGAGGAGGAAGAUGAGGAGGAAGAGGAGGAUGUCUUUGAGGAUGCCUUCGAAGAGCAGCAAGUCCCUCAGCAGGUGGAGUCAAAGCUCACACUCGAUGAUGAUGAUGAGCCCCCGGAAAAGCGUGCCCGCCUGCCCUCCAUCUCUGUAUCAACUCCAACCGAUGAUCCACAGCUGCUGAGUCCCGGCAAGAAGCUGCUGCUCACGCUCCACAAUGGCCAUCGACUGCAUCCGACCACAUCCACCCCGAGCACCACCGGCCAGCAUCAGCAGCGACGCGGCACUCCACAGCUAAAUGGCAGCCUGGGCAGCUGCAUCUCGCCCAGCGAAAAGCUGGGCGGCGACAAUUCGGACAUCUUUACCGUCUCCUCGGAUGGCCUGGACACGGAUCUCGAUUUGAGCAACACCCAAGCGGGGGACUCGCACGAGCACUGUCCCCACCAGCAGCAGCAGCAGCAGACGACGCCCAAGCGGAAGUUUGACAUUUCCAAGUACGCGCCACCGAACAGUGGCAAGGCGGCCAGCAGUUGUGCCGCCGAAGCGGCAACAGCGGCUGUAAAAUCGCUGGCCAUCUCGCAGUUUCUCAAGAAGGAGACUUGCGCAAACUCAUCAAGUAUGAGGAGCGUAUGGCGGAGGGCCCAAAGGACGACCAUUUCAGCAGCCUGCAUAAACGGGGCACCGUCAGCUCGCGUGCCAAAUUAGGAGGAGAGAACGAUAAAGACAAGGACAAGGAGAAUGCCGCUCCAUCACCGUCAGCAUCAACAAUAGAAGCAGCAGCAACAGCAGCAACAGC